UCCUAACUAGAGAGCGUAAUGCGCCUGCUCAGCAGUUUACACCGAUUGACAGAAGACAAAUCCAAGCAUCAGCGAGCGACGUGACACGGAGCUCCGUAUGCAAUAUUGUGACCAAAAAAAUAUAUGAAAGAAAUGGUGAUUAUCUUGAGCUACUGUAGAUAAAACCUGGAGUGAAUAAGAUUUCUAUUGAAUAAGCUAACCAAGGGUUGCCGUUUUGAAGACAGUGAUAUUUUCAUUCGUGGAAAUGGAAUUUUUAUGAGUUUUUGAGUGCAGUAUUUGUAAGCAGACGGAGUGCAGAGAAGAGUGAAUUCAAGCAACAGUAGAGCUGGAAUGUCCUGAGUUAGUCCCCCGGUCCAGAGAACAACUCCCAGCAUCAGCCAGUGCUGAUGGGACCUGCUUCUCCACGAUGAGUCUUCAAGAUGGCGGCUGCGGCUAUGCUAGCGACAAUUUGGUGGCUAACACGGCCAGCGGCAGCAUGCGGCGGCGCCUGGAGGACCAGGAGUUCACCCUGCGCAUCUACCCGGGCGCCCUGGCCGAGGGCACCAUCUACUGCCCCGUGGGCGCCCGCAAGAGCACCACUGCUGCCGAGGCCAUCGAGCGCCUGCUGGAGCGUCUGAGCCUGGACCGUACCAAAUGCUACGUGCUAGCCGAGGUGAAGGAGUUCGGCGGGGAGGAGUGGAUCCUCAACCCCAGUGACUGCCCAGUCCAGCGGAUGAUGCUGUGGCCCCGCAACGCCCUAGAGAAUCGCUGUGGCCUGGGCAGUGGGGAGGACUACCGCUUCCUUCUCCGAGAGAAGAACCUGGAUGGCUCCAUCCAUUAUGGAGGCAGUCUCCAGAUGUGGCUGCGCGUGACAGAGGAGCGCCGCCGCAUGGUGGAACGGGGUUUUCUGCCCCAGCCCGCAGGGGGCGAGCACCCGGCCGACCUGUGCGCUCUCCCUGAGCUGACGGAGCACGCCCUGCUGGAGAGCCUCCGCUCGCGCUUCCGGCAGGAGAAGAUCUACACCUACGUCGGCUCCAUCCUCAUCGUCAUCAACCCCUUCCAGUUCCUACCCAUCUACAACCCUAAGUACGUCAAGAUGUACGACAACCACGCUCUGGGAGACCUGGAGCCGCAUAUCUAUGCUGUGGCGGAUGUGGCCUACCACGCCAUGCUGCAGCGACGGAGGAACCAGUGUAUCGUCAUCUCUGGAGAGAGCGGCUCGGGAAAGACCCAGAGCACCAACUUCCUGAUUCAUCACCUGACCGCCCUCAGCCAGAAGGGAUUCGCCAGUGGGGUGGAGCAGAUCAUCCUGGGGGCGGGGCCUGUGUUAGAGGCAUUCGGGAACGCCAAGACGGCUCACAACGACAACUCCAGCCGUUUUGGGAAGUUCAUCCAGGUCAACUACCAGGAGAGUGGCACCGUCCGAGGAGCGUAUGUGGAGAAGUACCUACUGGAGAAGUCACGCCUGGUCUACCAGGAGCACAAUGAAAGGAACUACCAUGUGUUCUACUACCUUUUGGCUGGAGCCACUGAGGAGGAGAGGAAGGCCUUCCACCUGCUCAAACCGGAGGAUUACCACUACCUCAACCAGCAGGACUGCUUAACAGUGGAAGGGGAGGACCUGAAGCACGACUUUGAGAGACUGCAACUGGCCAUGGACAUGGUGGGGUUCCUGCCUGCCACACGCAAACAGAUCUUCUCUCUGCUGUCUGCUAUCCUCUACCUGGGCAACAUCCUCUACAAGAAGAAGACCUACAGAGAUGACUCCAUAGACAUCUGUAACCCAGAUGUGCUGCCUACCAUCUCAGAGCUGCUCCAGGUGAAGGAGGAGAUGCUGUUCGAGGCUCUGACCACCAGGAAGACGGUGACUGUGGGAGAGAGGCUGAUCGUUCCGUACAAACUGGCCGAGGCUGGUACCGUUCGGGACUCCAUGGCCAAAUCCCUGUACAGCGCCCUGUUUGACUGGAUCGUGUUCAGGACCAACCAUGCUCUGCUCAACAACAAAGACCUGGAGCACAGUGCCAAGAUUCUUUCAAUUGGAGUGCUGGACAUCUUUGGCUUUGAAGACUACGAGAACAACAGCUUUGAGCAGUUCUGUAUCAACUUGGCCAACGAGAGACUCCAUCACUACUUCAACCAGCACCUCUUCAAGCUCGAACAGGAGGAGUACAGGGCCGAGAGCAUCAGCUGGCACAACAUCGACUACAUCGACAACACAGGCUGCAUCAACCUCAUCAGCAAGAAGCCCACCGCGCUGCUCCACCUGCUGGACGAAGAAUGCAAUUUCCCCCAGGCCUCGAACCAGACCCUGCUGGACAAGUUCAAGCGGCAGCAUGAGGGGAACAGCUACAUCGAGUUCCCCGCUGUCAUGGAGCCCGCCUUCAUUAUCUGCCACUACGCCGGCAAAGUCAAGUACGGCAUCAAGGACUUCAGGGAGAAGAACACUGAUCACAUGCGUCCGGACAUCGUGGCCCUGUUGAAGAGCAGCAAGAACGCCUUCAUCUGUGGCCUGAUGGGCAUCGACCCGGUGGCCACGUUCCGCUGGGCCGUCCUCAGAACCUAUUUCAGAGCCAUGGUAGCCUUCAGGGAGGCUGGGAAGAGACACGCCGACAAGAAGACUGUGAAUGAUGCUGCUGUACCGUGUGUUGUCAAGAGCGUGGACAGCUUCAGCUUCCUCCACCACCCUGUGCACCAGAGGAGCCUUGAGAUCCUGCAGAGAUGCAAAGAUGAGAAAUACAAUAUCACUCGAAAGAAUCCCCGGACGCCCUUGUCAGACCUCCAGGGCAGCAACACACUGAAGGACAAGCCCACCAGGGAUGGUUAUGGCGUGGGCUGUAACGGGCAUCGCUCCAGACAGGGUGGUCUGUCCUCCUCUGGCACAGAGUUUGAUGACGGCAUCUUCUUCAACUCUACUGGCAGCAAGCUGCUGGAGAGGGCACAGAGCAUCCUCAUGCGGAACAAAAACUACAAGUCCAAGCCCAGCUUACCGAAGCACCUGUUGGACGUGAAGUCUCUGAGGUACCUGAGCAGCGUGACCCUCCACGACCGCAUCACUAAGUCCCUCCUCCUCCUGCACAAGAAGAAGAAAACACCCAGCAUCAGCGCCCAGUUCCAGGCCUCUCUCAACAAGCUGAUGGAGACCCUGGGUCAGUCGGAGCCCUACUUUGUCAAGUGUGUCCGCUCCAAUGCAGAGAAGCUCCCCCUGCGUUUCAAUGAUGCCCUUGUGCUCAGGCAGCUGAGGUACACAGGCAUGCUGGAGACCGUCCGCAUCCGCCAAUCAGGAUACGCCAUCAAAUACACCUUCCAGGACUUUGUGCGUCACUUUCGUGUGCUCUUACCAGACAUCGCUAGACCAACCAAGUCUGGCAUCAGGGAGUUCUUUCGUCAAGUUCAUCUAGCACCCGCUGGGUAUCAAGUGGGCAACACAAUGGUGUUCCUGCGGGAUGCGGAGCGUCAGCGGCUGCAGGCUCUGCUCCACAAGGAGGUGUUAGGGCGCAUCGUCACGCUGCAGCGCCGCUUCCGAGCCCGGCUGGAGAGGAAACACUUCAUCAACAUGAGACAGGCCGCUGAUGUCAUCCAGCGAUGGUGGAGGGGCUGCCUGCUCAGACAGUUGGAGGCUGCAGUGGACCCAGCCAUCCAGGAGGAGGCAGCAGAGAACCCAGCCGUCCAGAAGGAGGCAGCAGAGAACCCAGCCGUCCAGGAGGAGGCAGCAGUGGACCCAGCCGUCCAGGAGGAGGCAGCAGAGGACCCAGCCGUCCAGGAGGGGGCAGCAGUGGACCCAGCCGUCCAGGAGGAGGCUGCAGAGGACCCAGCCGUCCAGGAGGAGGCAGCAGUGAACCCAGCCGUCCAGGAGGAGGCAGCAGAGGACCCAGCCGUCCAGGAGGAGGCAGCAGUGAACCCAGCCGUCCAGGAGGAGGCAGCAGAGGACCCAGCCGUCCAGGAGGAGGCAGCAGAGGACCCAGCCGUCCAGGAGGAGGCAGCAGAGGACCCAGCCGUCCAGGAGGAGGCAGCAGAGGACCCAGCCGUCCAGGAGGAGGCAGCAGAGGACCCAGCCGUCCAGGAGGAGGCAGCAGAGGACCCAGCCGUCCAGGAGGAGGCAGCAGUGUGCCUGCAGGCAUCGUGGAGGGGCUACAGGCAGUGCAGGCAGUUCCUGCAGUGGCGGGACUCUGCCCUGAUAAUACAGAGGCGCUGGAGAAACUGCAUCCAGCACAGGGCUCUGGCGGCCAUUACGGUGCAGACAGCCUGGCGCGUCUACAGAGAGAGAGCCCACCACCGUAGCACACGUGGUGCAGUUAUGCUGCUACAGGCAGCCUGCAGGGGCUACAUGGCACGCCUGAGGUUCACAGAACUAAAAGAGCAGAGUCAGCAGGAAAAGCAGUUGCUCAAUGGACAAAGUUGCCCCACCACAGAAGAAGAGAAGGCAGAUCGGACCAUGGGCCUGGAUACGGACAUCUCGGAGGACCAUGUCUUUGAGAUCACCCACCAUCAUGGCAUCCAAGAUGUCUCCACGGUCUGGCCUACUGAAGACUCUAAUGAAUCUAGGUGGAAGUGUUUGUUGGAAGAGGAAGAGGAUAGAGAGAGCGAGAGAAGACAGUGUAUAGACGAGUCCAGCAGACAGAGUAUAGAGCCCAGCAGCCACAAGACACGGGCCAAGAGACAGAAUCGGCGUAUGAGGGAGCUGGAGCAGACCCAGUUCAGCCUGGAGCUACUCAAGGUGCGGACCCACAGAACGGGAGGGACUCUGCCAGAAGAGGAGACCCAUGUACCCCCGUGUCCGGACAGCAUCUCCUGUCCCCUGGACGACCACCAACACCACCGGCCCUCCUCCCCUGAUAGCCACGGGAGCACCUCCAUAGACGUCGAGGUGGAGGCGGGAGGUUACCCCGGUUACCAUGUUAACCAGUCAGCGCCGCUCCGGACUACUUCCCAAGAGGAUUCGGUCAGACCAGGGCCUCCCAUUCACACACCCACAGAGUCCCAGUCCCAUGAGCACCCAGAGGUGGUGAAACAGAAUGAUCUGAGCCCCGGAACAGAGGAGCUACUGCCCAUGCUACUGCCCCCUAUCAAGGAGGUGGUAAAACAGAAUGAUCUGAGCCCCAGGACAGAGGAGCUACCGCCCCCUAUCAAGGAGGUGGUAAAACAGAAUGAUCUGAGCCCCAGGACAGAGGAGCUACCGCCCAUGCUACUGCCCCCUAUCAAGGAGGUGGUGACGGAGGCUACACAAUCCACCGUCUACAUCCCCCCUGGGGACCACAGCAGUGAGCCCAAGCCUAAGCAACAGAGCCCCAACAAGCGUGUGAAGGAGAGGAGAGAGUCCUCCUCUCGAGGGCCCGUGGUGGUUGUCAUCAGUAUGCAGAAGGAGACCCUGCUGGACGAAGGGGAACUGUGGGCGGCAAAAGCCCAGGAGAGUGCACUCCAGAUGGGUGUAACCCCUGCAACAUUCUCCCCUACACCCAUCGCUGGCCUGGAAGUAUCAGAGAAGGCCCAGCCGCCUAGGACUGUUACCAAACCUCCGAGAGACUUAGCUGGGGUCGACAUGUCUAGCUUUGUGCCCUCCUCCAACUCCAGCCAUGGCCUUUGUCCUUCCGAGGUAGAUAUCCAGAUAGUUCUGGAGCCCAAGGCCCCCGCUGGUGAAGUCCCUCCCAGCCAGCAGGAGAGGAAGGCGGGCAGGCCAGCGCAGGACAACUGGAUCUCCACCGACAGGAUCCUGGAGAGCAGGGAAGCAGCCUUGGCAUCACAGAAGAAGACUCCGACCAAGACCAUCAUUGUCAAUAUGACUGAGAAACCGCCCUCCAACGUCACGUUCUCGCCCCGACGCAAGCUCCCCUUCUCGAAGUCUGAUAAGGACCUGGUGAACAAGGAGUGGUCGUUGGUCUCUGUCUCUAGAGCCACCACUGGACAGACCGCCAGAGAGGCUGCUCACAAGGAAGUGCAGAAGAGCAUCCACAAGACCAUGUCUUCAGGAGACCUGGGAAAGGUAGCAGCGCUUAGGAAGACAUCCAGUCAGGAUGGAAGCAGAGUACGAGGGAAGUUACGGUUCUGGGGCAAGACCAAGCAUGCAGAGAAGAAGCUGUCUAGAGACAAGCAGCAGUCCACACAGAGAGACGGCACUGACAAGAUAGACGGAACAACGUCUCCCCCCCACAGUCCCAACCUGAUGGGGACCAGGGGACGGGAGACCAAGGAGAACAAGGAGCCCUCUCCCAAAGUGAGGCGGAGGCGCAGCGUCAAGAUCAGCAGCGUUACCCUAGAGCCCGCCCAGUGGGGGAACGACGCGCUGCACAUCCUCACCAGCACACACGACUACAGGAGCAUGAACGACUUUCUCAUGAAGAAGAUCAGUGACCUGGACUCGGAGGACUGUCAGAAGGACACCUUGGUGGACGUGGUCUUCAAGAAAGCUCUGAAGGAGUUCCGCCUCAACAUCUUCAACUCCUACUCCACCGCCCUGGCUAUGGAUGACGGUAAGAGUAUCCGUUAUAAGGACCUGUACGCCCUGUUUGAACACAUCCUGGAGAAGAGCAUGCGGCUGGAACAGAGGGACUGGAGCGAGUCGCCCGUCAAGGUCUGGGUCAACACCUUCAAGGUCUUCCUGGAUGAGUUCAUGACUGAGUACAAGCCCAUGGAUGGCACCAUCAUCAAGGCCUCCAAACCAGAACGUAAGAAGAGGAGGAAAAAGGAAUCUGACAUUGUUGAGGAGCACAACGGCCACAUCUUCAAGUCCACCCAGUACAGCAUCCCCACCUACUGUGAAUACUGCUCCUCUCUCAUCUGGAUGAUGGACAGGGCCUGCGUCUGCAAACUGUGUCGGUACGCCUGCCAUAGAAAGUGCUGCUCCAGGAUGACCACCAAAUGUAGCAAAAAGUACGACCUGGAGCUGUCGUCUAGGCAGUUUGGCGUGGAGGUGUCUCGUCUGACCAGCGAGGAGAGGACCGUGCCCCUGGUGGUGGAGAAGCUCAUCAACUACAUCGAGAUGCACGGCCUCUACACAGAGGGCAUCUUCAGGAAGUCUGGCUCCACCAAUAAGAUCAAAGAGCUGCGGCAGGGGCUGGACACAGAUGUGAGCAGCAUGAACCUGGACGACUACAACAUCCACGUCAUUGCCGGCGUGCUCAAACAAUGGCUCCGUGACCUGCCCAACCCUCUGAUGACCUUUGAACUGUACGAGGAGUUCCUCCGGGCAAUGGGCCAGCCAGACCAGAAGGAGGUAAUCCGAGGGGUGUACUCUGUGAUCGACCUGCUCAGCAGAACCCACCUGAGUACCCUGGAGCGCCUCAUCUUCCACCUGGUCAGGAUCGCCCUUCAGGAAGACACCAACCGUAUGUCGGCCAAUGCCCUAGCCAUCGUGUUCGCCCCCUGCAUCCUCCGCUGCCCCGACACCAUCGACCCCCUGCAGAGUGUCCAGGACAUCGGCAAGACCACCGCGUGUGUGGAGCUGAUCAUCGGAGAACAGAUGAAUAAGUACAGGGCCAGACUGAAGGACAUCAACAGUCUGGAGUUUGCUGAGAACAAGGCCAAGAGCAGACUGACACACAUCAGGAAGUCCAUGGGCAAAGGUCGUCUGCGGAGGGGUAGCAGCCACCACGCGCCCUCCCCGCCUCUCAGCCCCAGAGUGCUCCCGGUGGUGGACGGGGAGAGUGCAGAGGAGGAGAAGGCAGAGCCAGGGCUGACAGAACAGCAGCAGGCCACCAUGCAGCAGGAAGAGAGGGUCCUCACGGAGCAGAUUGAGGGCCUGCAGAGAGAGAAGGAGGAGUUAACGUAUGAGAUGUUGAUCUUGGAGCCGCGGGCGUCUGAUGACGAGACUCUGGAGUCGGAAGCCUCGAUAGGAACGGCAGACAGCUCUGAGAAACUCAACAUGGACCCUGAAGGAGCCGCCUUCAACCCCUCUGGCACCUAUCACUCCCAGAAGUCUGAAGCCAAGAGCCGCCGCUGCCUCCGGAGACAACCCGACUCGGUCGACUCCACCUCCUCCUCCUCCUCCUCCAUUAUACCUCAAUCCCCCAACUACCGCUUCCGCUCCUCCUCCUCCGGCCCCCUACUCUCCUCCUGCUCCUUGGGCCUAGGAGCCCCCUUAGUGGAGUCCGAGGGGGACCCGAGUAGCACUGUGGGGGUGAAGAGUCGCCACCGGCUCAGGUUGAGUAGAAGCUCGCCGCGCGAGGCCCCUGAGGGCCACAGGAGGGAGUCAGACUUCAGCUCACUGCCCCAACAGCUGGUUCUGUAUGGCAGUAACGAGUUUAUGGUAUGAGGGAGAGUUGCAGUGGAGACAAGACAUCCGAACCGCCUUCCAUCCUCCAUACCAAUAGUGUGUAUGGGGGGAAAGAGGGAGGGAGGAAGUGAAACAGGGCUGGAAUGGGACAUGUGGGCAUCCAUCUCUCACUGCUGUCCUUCUCUAGCUCUGCCCAUCUCUAUCCUCCUUCUCAGUGCCCGGAGGAACGCCACCCUUCCCAUGAUGCAGUUGGGUGCCGUCCUCUCGGCGGGAGAAGUGAAAGUGAAAGGUGAUGGAGAAACAAAAAGAGAGAUGGAAUGAUGAAUGGAUAAAAGAAGGAGGAAGCCUCAGAACUGAGAUGGAGGACUGGCAGGAGGCUGUAAAGGAAUAAAACAGCGACUAAACGCCAGAAAGCAAGUGAGUGAGGAAAGGAUGAGGGUAGCCGCCUUAACUCACCUGACCUUUGACUUCCAAGCCCCUCGACCCCUGCUGGAGCCUCGGGCGGGGGGGGGCCACUGGGGGGCUGAAGAUAAGAAAAGAGAGAAGCAAGUAGACAGCACCUUCUUUUGAACGCAGGUCUACGGUGGCUUGAGCCAGAGUCACUGACUGAGAGGACUAUCGGCCAUUUUGAUACGAGCCACUCAGCUACUCUCCGACCAUUUUUAUACGAGCCACUCAGCUACCCUCCGGGCCAUUUUGAUACGAGCCACUCAGCUACUCUCCGGCCAUUUUGAUACAAGCUACUCAGCUACUCUUUGGCCAUUUUGAUACAAGCUACUCAGCUACUCUCCGAGCCAUUUUGAUACAAGCCACUCAGCUACUCUCCGGGCCAUUUUGAUACAAGCCACUCAGCUACUCUCCGGGCCAUUUUGAUACAAGCUACUCAGCUACUCUUCGGGCCAUUUUGAUACAAGCCGUUCAGCUACUUUCGCGUCCGCUUUCACGUUUACACAAUACAACCUGUCCAUGAGGCCGCAUGCUCCUUCAUUACACGUGUUUCCUAUGCCAGUUAAAGAGACUAUGGCGAUGAUGUGUUAUAAAUCUGUAUUAUGUGACUUAAUUGUUAUGUUAUUAAAAAUAUAUAAAUGGAAGGAACUCCAAUGCUGGGGUCGUUCAAUGUUUAUAAUAACCGUCUCUUAUCUGGAAUCUUUUGCAAAGGGAAGUGUAUGAGAUUCAGGUUAUGGUUUUGUUAUUUGUUUGUUAUGUGUUUUGUUGAUUUUUAACACUGCAAAAAAAUGUUUUAAUGCGUUUUCUGUCGCAUACCCUAAUGAUCUCGACCCAGUGUUCAGUUAGUGCCACUUCUUCUCUUGUGAAAAAAUACAAUUCAACAGCAAGAGGCUGAUGGCAGUCUAUUGUGACACCUAAGUUACACUGUUGUCAUUGUGGUUGCUACGGCGACCCUGGAUUUCAGUGUUUAUCAGAUGUAAUGCAUUGUAACGCCUUUUCCACCAUUGGUCUGUGUUCCCCCACAAUCCUACGUUGUUACAUUGAUCCUACAUUUGUUCUGAAACAUCUGUGUUAAGAGUAACCAAAUCUAGGCUCAAUCUUUUUUUUUUGGGGGGGUAAUUUUUUGGGGUACAUUACUAUUGUUGCUGUUGUUAUAGUUACCGCUGAAACUAUUGUCACCUUAGAAAAAGGUGGUGUGUGUGUGUGUGUGUGUGUGUGUGUGUGUGUGUGUGUGUGUGUGUGUGUGUGUGUGUGUGUGUGUGUGUAAGUGUAAGUGUAAGUGAAACUGCUUCAUGAGUGUGUGCGUGGGCUUACAGGAUGCAAAUGUGUCUCUAAAAAUGUCACAGAGUACAUGUCUAAAAAACGGUUUUCGUAAUUAGUGUGUUAUUGUGUGUAGAUUGAUGAGGGGAAAUGUUUUAUUUAAUCCAUUUUAGAAUAAGGCUGUAACGUAACAAAAUUGUGGAAAUAGUAAAUGGGUCUGAAUACUUUCCAAAUGAACCGUAUGUGUCAGAGGACUGAGAACCAACCACACACACACAGUCCUCUGACAUCCAUCUACACACAAUAACCCCAUAAUUACAAAAACAGGUUUUUAGACAUGUUUGCUAAUAAAAAAUUAUAAUAAUAUAGAAAUACCUUA